UUUUGAGAAAAUAGGUGAAAAUGUUGAACCUUUAGAGAUUGAAGAAGCUGCCAUGAGAAGUAGUCUUAUUCAACAGAUUGUCGUCAUAGGCCAGGAUCAACGACGCCUUGGAGCUAUCGUUGUCCCGAACAAAGAUGAGGUACUCCAAUCAGCGAAAAAUUCCUCCAUUGUAGAUCCAGAUGCAGUAGAUAUUGGCAGGGAUAAAAUGACAAGCCUUCUAUACGAAGAAUUAAGCAAAUGGACCUCGGAGUGUACAUUUCAAGUCGGACCGAUCCUUGUCGUGGAUGAACCUUUUACAAUUGAUAGUGGCUUAAUGACCCCAACUAUGAAAAUCCGAAGAGACCGAGUUGUUUUGCAAUACGAGGAGGAAAUAGCCAAUUUGUUCAAGUAAAUUCCCUUUGACAAAAUAUGACGAUUACACUUGAAGACUGCAAUGACCCUUAUUUGUGGAGGAUUGCAUGUCAUGGGAACAAAAUUGAUACAAAGGAACACUAAAGAUAAAAUGAGAGAUUGAUGGUUUGGGUUUAGUACUAUUUGUGAUGUUUAGUUGAGCCAUAUGAUUGGUGGAAAAACUCUUUAAACGUUACUUUGUACCUUGGUGGAUGGGUUCAUUGAGAUGAUAUUUGAUAGAAAAAA